GCAGGAGCUUUUAUCAUUUAGAAUUCAGAUUACCAAAAAAAGAAAAGGGAAAAAAUUAUUUAUUGAUUCGUUGUUUUCACAUUUUCGGUGUUUCUACGCUACCCUCUUUAUAUUACUAUCCUCGCGCUCUCAAGCCUCCCUCGUUGUGGAAACUCGAACAACAACCAAAGAAACUCAGUAGUAGAUCGAAGAAGAAGCACAGAGAUCGAACAAGAUGUCUUGGCAAACUUACGUUGAUGACCAUCUGAUGUGCGAAAUCGAGGGCAAUCACCUCACAGCCGCCGCGAUCAUCGGCCAAGACGGCAGCGUUUGGGCCCAAAGCGCCACCUUUCCUCAGUUUAAACCUGAAGAAGUAACUGCCAUUAUGAAUGACUUUAAUGAACCUGGAUCCCUUGCUCCAACUGGCUUACAUCUCGGUGGCACAAAGUAUAUGGUGAUCCAAGGAGAACCAGGGGCUGUUAUUCGAGGCAAGAAGGGCGCCGGUGGUAUUACUGUCAAGAAGACCAAUCAGGCCUUGAUCUUUGGUGUCUAUGAUGAGCCACUUGCUCCCGGCCAGUGUAACAUGAUUGUCGAGAGGCUUGGCGAUUAUCUUAUUGAGCAGGGUCUUUAGUUGCCUUGGUAUGUUUUAUUACUUAUAGCAAUUCUUUUUUUUUUUCGGCUUCUCUUUAUGGGUUUGCUUCUACCUACCUGCCAUUGUAAUGGUUGCAGUGAAUAAUAUUACAUAAUUUGAGGUCAUGGGAAACUGUGUGGAAACAAAGGUAUUUGGUUCUUGGGCGUGGUAGAAAUGCUCUAUUUCGUACUUAUGCUCUGUCUUUGUAUUCUCCCUGUUGAAGGGGUUAUGAUGGUUUUCAAGUGAGAUACCUAUUGGUCUUAUCUAUCAUUCUGUUUAAUAGUGGGUUCUGGGUUCUCUUUAUAAUGGAUUUGUUAGAUUGAGACUCUUCUGGUAUCUA